AUGGCGCCUUUGAAAGACCUUUUGAACCACGACAAAGACCUGGGAAUUUUAUCAUCUCCUCCCAGCGAAGACGAACGCAAAUACUGGGCAAGAGCUAGCCGCAGCGACAGUGAAUCAUCCCCUUCUGAAGUUUCGGGCUGCGAAAGUGACUCUCACAAUUAUCUGGUGUGCCAGUGGGACAACUGCGGGCAAAAGUUUUCCCAACCUGAGCUCCUUUACCACCACCUGUGCAACGAUCAUGUUGGAAGAAAAUCGCAUAAGAAUCUGCAGUUGAAUUGUCGUUGGGGAAACUGUAACGCAAAGACGGUGAAACGAGACCACAUCACAUCGCAUUUGCGCGUUCAUGUGCCACUGAAGCCUUUUGCUUGUUCUACGUGUAGCAAGAAAUUCAAACGACCCCAGGAUCUCAAAAAACACUUGAAAGUGCACUUUGACGACGAAACCGUGGCAAUGCGCAAAAGAGGGCCCAAACCCAACGCCAACAAGGUAGUCAAGGCUGGUGUGGGGUCCUCAGAGCCCACACCCAAGCUUUCAUCAACCGCAUUCGAGAAGUUUUUAUCUGAAGAGAUGCAUCACUACAAGCCUUACUACACCCCUCAGCUUGGCCAGCGUCUCCAAACCCUGGCUGUUCCAUCAGUGUCGCAGUUGGCUGGUCAUAUUCCCGACAGAGGACUGAACCCUAGCCCUUCUAUUACGCACACCUCGCUCCCAUUGCAGCAACCGCCUGACCUGUCACCACACUCUUCGCCAGAGCAACUCAGACAGGCUGCUGGCUUUUUCUCUUCGCUCUCCUACGACAUGAAUCGAAGACUCCCCCGCUUGCCUCAACUGAACACCGUCCCACCAGCAGCACCAAUUUCGCCGCUCACGCCGGCUGCUAUGCCUCAAAGAUAUCCACCUGUGCUUCAGCUUCCCCCAAUCCAUUCAAACAUUCCCCACAGCAGUUCUCACGGCAGCACACUUCCAAGUGCGUAUCAAAUUAACGUACCAUUCGUGUCUUCCCGAAUGGAUACCCCAGCCACAUUGCCUCAGCUUCGGCCUGGAGAUGUUUUUGGUAUGCAUCAGAAGAAUUGCGGUACUUUUUCAGCAGUUGACAUUCAUGAUGAUGAAGUCGCCGACUCAUUUGCAGGUUUAAGACUGGAUUCCUUCGAGCAAGAAGAUUUUGUUGAAACCUUGCAAAAAGUUAACGCUAUCAAGGAUUAUUUGAUUUGUGUCAUGCUAGAAGACGAGUACGCUAGCGAGGGUGAAUUUGUAACUGAGGAUCAGGACAACGCUUCAAGAAGGCAUGUUGCGAAACUGAGAACCGCGGAACCUUUAUCAAAGUACCCAGCCGUGGUCGUGUAA